GUUUAUUAUUAUUAGAAACAUGCAACUUUUUUUAAGACGAAGAAAAAAAAAAUAUGAAAUUUAAAAUGUGAGAAAGUGAGUAUUUUUAAGGAAAAUAUAGUGGCCUGUGGGCUGUGGCCGGAACUAAUCCCGUCGGCGGUGGCGGCUUUUUCCCUCUUUCUCUGAAACAAAUGGAGCAUUCCGUCUGUCGCCGCCUUCUUUUCAACUAUCCCUCUUCGCCGCCACUGCAAAACUCCCGGCUUCUCCCUGAGAAUCAUAAUCUCCGGCAACCUCCGAUCGCCCAUCCACCAAUUUCACUGCGCAGUAAAGCACAGCCUUCGUUUUUACUGCUCCAUAGCCUUUCUGCUACUAAAAUGGACUCCCAGAGCCGUGUUCAUUCACUCGGUAACGGCUCUGCCGGCGAUUCCUCCGAAUUCAGAACCGCUCGAAUUGGAGAGGUGAAGAGGGUGACGAAAGAAACUAAUGUGUUUGUGAAGAUAAAUCUGGACGGAACGGGCGUGGCUGACAACUGCACUGGAAUUCCUUUUCUUGAUCAUAUGUUGGAUCAAAUUGCAUCGCAUGGGUUGUUUGACGUGCAUGUGAAGGCCACGGGGGACAUUCACAUUGAUGAUCAUCACACAAAUGAAGAUGUUGGACUGGCCUUUGGAACCGCUUUGUUGGAGGCACUUGGAGAUAGGAAAGGAAUCAAUCGGUUCGGCGACUUCUCAGCUCCUCUUGAUGAAUCAUUGAUACAUGUCGCAUUGGAUUUAUCAGGAAGGCCAUAUUUAGGUUAUAAUUUAGAAAUACCUACACAGAGAGUAGGAACAUAUGAUACUCAGCUGGUAGAACACUUCUUCCAAUCCAUGGCCAACACUUCUGGAAUGACACUCCAUAUACGACAGUUGGCUGGGAAAAAUUCUCAUCACAUUAUUGAGGCGACCUUCAAAGCUUUUGCAAGAGCCCUUCGACAAGCAACAGAGUAUGACUCACGACGUCGUGGAAGUGUGCCAAGCUCAAAGGGGGUUCUUUCGCGCGCUUGAACUUGCUUAAGUUUGCAUGAAAUCUGUAUGCUGCAGAACGCCGCGGGUUAUUAUUGCCCGCUUUUAUUGUCUAAAUUGUUCUUGUUUUUUUGUUAUAUGUUUUCUUUAAACGCGUGGUAAAAACCACAGCUUCAUAUUAACAACUUGUAUGUUUUGCAGUGUUGAAUCAAAGGAAUAAUUCUGUCCCACAAUUAAGUAGUCAGGAAGUAUAUGAUACUCCUAGGUUGUUUUGUUGAUGUCUGAUGUAUAAACACCUAACAACGUUUGCUAGUUCUGUAACAUU